CUGUGCGUAAUCAAGCGUGAAUCACAGACGAGGCGGCGCGAUUUUCUUAAUUUCUCCAUUUUAGCAGGAGGCAGCAUAGUCCAUGAGCGUAGCCCAUCUAACGAUGAAACGCAAUUUCGAAGAUGCGGGAGCCAAGGGUGACUGCGUGCUUCCUGGGACGAGAAGAUCGAUAGAAUACAUGCGCGCCUGACCACAUCGCGACGCGCACGAGUUCUCUACGCAAUCUGUGUUGCAAACGUCCGCCUUGGAGUUGUGCGUUUUUCGCGAGGUGCGGUCAGGUGCUUUGUGACGCGGAUCAAAUCAUACCGUUGAUGAAACUGCGCGAAACGCGUAAGCUUCCUAUCAGUGCUAUCGAAACAUCUCGCAUCAUCGUCCCGCCCGCGCCGCGACGGAAUUAAUACCUACGCGCACACUGACCUAGAAACACUAAACUUGACGGGAUAUCAUCGUUAACAUCGUUGUUUCUCCCUGAUAACAGAUCCGUGAUUACGAUGCAAACGGAGAAGAGCGAUACCGACACUGAGAAAAACGAGACUCUCAACGAUGUAACAACUUCGGUUGCAAACGAGAUAACAAAUUUGAAGAUAGAAGAUGGUUCAACGAGUUCGACACCAAGUAGUCCUGGUAGCACUGAACCAGGUAGCUUUUUAGCGAACUUUAAAGCAUUCUCGAAAUUCGGUGAUCCAAAGAGCGACGGCAAACUGAUUACGUUAAGUCAAAGUGACAAAUGGAUGAAGCAAGCGAAAGUGAUCGAUGGAAAGAAAAUUACCACCACGGACACGGGAAUUUAUUUCAAAAAGCACAAAUCCACAAAGCUCGGUAUCGAGCAGUACAAAACGUUUCUUGAAGAAUUGACUAAAAGUAAAAAAGUGGAAUUAGCGGAAAUAAAGAAGAAGAUGGCUAAUUGUGGACCACCUGGAUUUACUGGGGGCGCUAGUGGAGCCGGAAAAGCAGCAUCGACAGUUGAUAGACUUACCGAUGUCAGUAAAUAUACCGGCUCUCACAAGCAACGUUUCGAUGAGACAGGAAAAGGUAAAGGCAUAGCAGGUCGAAAGGAUAUACCAGACACAUCUGGAUACGUCCAAGGCUACCAAAAUAAAGAUACGUAUAAAGGCCAGUAGUACUCAUCUGACUGCCCCAAUAAUAAAUAUCUUUAAAAUCAUGCUGUUAAAAUCGUGUCUGAGCGCAAUAUGCACAUUCAAAUAAUCGCUACUCAUUGUUAGCGAACUGAACUUUCUUUACUGUUUCAUCAGCGAUCUGACAGAGGUAUCUUGAAUAUCAAUUUCACAAAAUUUCAUCUUUAAAAUGUAUAUUAAGAUAGCAAUAUCUAAUUAAGAACUUUUGGCAAAAUAAUAUGUUUGAUAUUAU